AUGAGCUCGUUAGCUGCAGGCAUGGCGAUCGGCGUCGUCGGUGAUGCCGGAGUUCGUGCAAACGCCCAGGAGCCCAGACUCUUUGUGGGCAUGAUUUUGAUCUUGAUCUUUGCCGAGGCGCUGGGCUUGUACGGCCUCAUCGUAGGCCUGGUCGUGGCGUCGACAGCCGAGGGCAAAGGGUGGGGAUGCCGAGUGUUUACGGGACAUACGAGAUUUCCCAAUCUCCAGUGCCAAUGCUAA